UCCCUCACCAGACAUCAGCCAGCAACGCAGCUGAACACAACUCUCCGCUCUCGCCUCGCAUUGGACCCACAACAACAGAACCACCGCAUCACGACGCGGGAACGGACCACUAAAGUACACGUCGAGCUGCCAAUUGUGUUUUCCUUCUUUUCUCAAACGGAUUCAGGCACGGGAAACUAUAACAAGUGCAAUCCACCGCACAAAAGGAAUUAGAUCUUAUUUCUAAUUCAGCAGCAGCAGCACGAGUUUUGAACCGACGUGGUUGUUUUUGUUCCUCUCCAGUUGCAGUUGUUGAUCACUCAGUUGCGGUGCCACAAUGUCCGAGGUUCUGCCAUACAACGAGGGCAAAAUGAACGGCUACGGAGCGGACAGUGAGGUCAGCCAGAUGUCCUUUAGCUGCGGACUUCAGGACUCGAAUGCCUUUUUCGCGGCGUCGCAGGCGAAGAGACCCCCGAAGCUGGGGCAGAUCGGCCGGGCCAAGCGAGUGGUGAUCGAGGACGACCGAAUAGACGAGGUCCUGAAGGGGAUGACAGACAAGUCCCCCGGCGUGUAGACUGGAGGAGGAAGGAUGGGCCCUCGCAGACUUUUUAUUUUUGAUCACCGAUUUGAAAAGCACUUGUCGGCUGUGCAUGUUCGAGGAUUGUAGUACGAGGGGAACGACGGCACGACGCGAAGACAAGGGACGGGACGAGAGGAGAGUGGAAGAAAGGAAGUGAGGAGGAGAUGGAGAGAGAGAUAGAUAAAGCAAAGAGGAAGAAGAUUCGAGGGAGAGGAGGUGUGGGGAGAGAGAGAGAGAUGAGAGACACUCUGGAAAAGACCAAGAUUUAUCAUGGGAUUGCUGGCAAUUCUCCAAAAGAAUCCCGAUUUUAACCACUGCAACGCAGCGAGACGUGGAGGUGGCGGACCGCUGCCCCGGGCGGUCCCAGCCCCGGCUGACCUCUGGACGGACGAACAUACUUCACUACCAUAUUUAUUUCUAAAAGCGCUGUAAGCAACAAAAAAAAGAAAUAUAUAUAGGCCUAUGUAUACUACGACCGGGGGGCUGAACCUAUAUAAUUUCCAGCCCUGUUUCAAUAGUUGUACAGUAGGUCGGUAGGUCUAUAUGUAGGUUAAGCUUCGAAGACCCCCCCGCCCCCCCCUCCCCCCAACGCUUCGCUUUGUUGAUCGACUCCAGCGACGUUGCAUUCAAGGGAGCUGUUCUUUCAGCACUGGUCGGACCAGAAUGCAUUCCUGCUGCUACAAUGUUCUCUGAAAACAGACCAACCAACGCUCAAGUCUACUAGAGAGAGAGGAGACCCGUUGUAUAACUUACAGGCUAUUCGAGGAUGGUGCAAUGUUAAUAUUUUCUUAAUAAUAAUAACAAUAAUAACGACAAUAUUCGUAAUAAUAAUCAUAUUAAUGAUGAUAAUGAGAAUAAUGAAGCGGCUAGUUGUGGCCCUUCUUGUUGAAACACACACUAACCCACAGAUUUGAUUCAAAUAGACUGCGGUUUAUUGUGUUCUUAUCCCCAUUGAUAAAGGGUGCAGGUUGUAGCACCUUUUAUGUAGCUAAAUCUAUACCUGCACAUAUCUUUUUUCACCUUUUCAGUAGUGACAGAGGCCAGCGGUGCGGUGGAAUAUACAGUAAAUGUUUGAGAUGCUAUUCAUGAAAUUGAUGGGAAAGAGGUUUUCUUUGAUUUGGUUCUUUUUGUUUUGCUAAUUCUUGGUGUUUUUCGUCUUCUAUAAAUGAAAGUCUACUUUUCUCCAUCUAUUUGCAUGAACCUUUGCUUCGGUGCCAACACUGGUGCCACCACUCUGCCCUGGCACGCUUCUUUUUAAAAAGGAAAAAUUCAUAUUUGUAUUUUUAUAUCUAAAUAUUUGUUAUUUAAAUAAUAUGCUAGUCUGUCGUCUUACGGUUCAUCAACAAAAAUAUUUAUACUACAGAGUGGGUAUACCGCUGGAGACUGGGCUACACCAAUGGAGAUUCUAGGAGAGGGGUUGUUUGAAGUGUCUCACGCUCUAUCAAACAGGUCGAACCUUUUUUAAAGACUAACUGAAUGUGUCUGAGUUUUUUUGCACACAUCAAUGUUAAACUAUUAUUAAGAAAUCGUAUACUGUGACUUGAGCUUCGUUGAUGAAUUUGUUAGAAAAUGGCAAUUUUAGAGUAUAUUGCACUGUUUACGAGUAUCCUCAGAUAACACGUUGUUAUUUGACAUAUUUUGGACAUUACAGUUACAUUUCUUUUUUCAUUUUAAUUUUGUACCAUUCUUUCAAAGAAACUGGAUAUUGGUUUGUUGUGCAUGAAACCUUAAUAUUUUCAAUAAUGAAACAUCGUUUUAUGAAGCAAAAAAGCAACAAAAAUGUCAUGACAUUCUAAGAAUGAGUCAUUGUAAAUUAUGAUGCCAUUUUCACUGUAUUUGGUGAACUAAUAAAUGGUGAAAGGACAUGU